UUCUCACCUAAAAACACUGCUUUCUUGUCACCUUUUCUCUUUGCUUUGCUAUAUAAAUAAUCACUUCUCAACUUUUAAGUUCUCAAAGGCAAACAAGAAAGAGAGAGAAAGAGAGAGAGGUGGUGCAUGCAAUAUCAAUGGAGUCUACAAAGAAUUUGUUGCCACUUUCUGAUGAUGUUAAGCAGAGCCAAGAGACAGAACACAAAGGUCCAACCAUGACAAGACAAGGAGUCUAUGCUGCUUUAUCUUAUAUGGCCUCUUCAGUACUAUUGGUCAUGUUCAACAAAGCAGCUCUCACUUCUUACAGUUUUCCAUUUACAAAUGUCAUCACACUUACUCAGAUGGUGUGUGCAUUUGUUAUUCUCUAUGUGUUAAAAUCCUUGAAGAUGAUUUCUUUCACAACUGGUGAAUCUCAGAACAGUUAUAAGUCUACCAAUUCAAUAAUAUUUGUGUCCUUCAGUACAUUAGUCUACACAGUUCCUCUAGCAUUAACAUAUUUGUUGUUUAUGGUGGUGACGAUGGAAGCUGUGCGCGGCAUAAAUAUUCCAAUGUACACCACUCUUAGAAGAACUAGUGUGGCAUUCACAAUGAUUAUGGAGUAUUUUCUAUCAGGAAAGAAACAUUCAAGUUUUGUUCUUGGAAGUGUCGGGAUUAUCAUAGCUGGUGCUUUGGUUGCUGGAGCUAGAGACUUAUCAUUUGAUGCUUAUGCCUAUACAGUUGUUUUCAUAGAAAACAUGUGCAAAGCAGUGUACCUUGCUUCAAUCUCUCGUGUUGGUAAAGCUAGUGGUCUCAAUAUAUUUGGUCUUCUAUGGAGCAAUGUGUUGAUUUGUGGACCAAUAAUGUUUCUUUGGUCCUUGCUUAGAGGUGAUCUACAAUCAACACUCAACUUUCCAUACCUGUUCUCUCCUGGAUUUCAGGUUGUAAUGGUUAUGUCAUGUGCUUUUACUUUCUUUAUAAACUACAUUGUAGUUUUGAAUACAACUGUCAACUCAGCACUUACACAAGCAAUCUGUGGUAAUUUAAAGGAUGUCUUUACUAGUGGGAUUGGUUGGGCAUUAUUUGGAGGACUUCCAUAUGAUUUGUUCAAUGUUCUUGGUCAAACCCUUGGCUUCCUUGGAUCAUGUCUUUAUGCCUAUUGUAAACUACAAGGAAUAUGAAUGAAGAUCAUAGAUUUCAUUUUGAAACAUCAAAUCAAACAGUUACAGUGGACUGUUCUACAAAUUUUGAAUUCUCUAAAUUUUCUUUAAUAGCAUACAAAAUGUGUUAUAGUAGCAUAGUGAGUGAUAACAUGUACCCUCAGAUUUUGCUCUUAUAAAUUAGAGGAUGAAGAUCAUUCUGAGUUUAAUUAAAGGAAACUACAUAUUAUCCACAUGUUCA